AUGGCGGGCCUAGGUCCCGUGCGCGUCCGUCAGAACCUCGACGCGAUGGACGGCAUCGCGAACGGAGACGACGCGACCGCGCGUUGGGUGUGGCCCGGGGCUCGCGCCACCGCGAAGUGGCUGUGCGACAGGAGGGCGGAGUGGAUAGAGGGGAUGCACGUGGUGGAGAUUGGAUCUGGAACCGGCCUGCUCGGCCUCGUCGCCGCGCGCCUCGGGGCCGCCUCCGUGACCCUUACGGACCUCCCCUCGGAGCUCCCUCUGCUCCGUGCGAACGCCCGCGCCAACCCGUCGCCCUGUCCCGUCGCCGUCGAGCCGUGCGCGUGGGGCGACGCGGACGCCGUCGCGCGAGUGGGAAAAAAGGACGUCGUCCUGUGCUCGGACGCGUUGUACCAGAACGACGAAGCCACGCAGCUCGCGCUGGCGGAGACGCUGCUCGGGUUGUGCGAGAUGAGAAAGGGUCGGAUCAUGUUCGCGUACAACUUUCGGGAGAACCUCGCGGCGGACCGUCGUUUCUUCGACGCGACGGACACGCUCUUCGGGCACCCGACGCAGCACGAGUUGGAGGAGGAUGAGGACAUCUGGCUGUUCGAGUACCGACCGUCGACGCGGUGUUAA